UUGCGGCUUUGCCCUUCGGGGCCCCCGUACUUACGUCAUCAAUAGUCGGCCGUCGCACGAUGAAGCCAGUUUUCGGAAGUCGCUUGAAACAGAGCUCUUAUUUCGGAUCUUGGAAAGGACGCUCCGUUCCACCAAACGUUGAACGUUGAGCAAAGCUGGCUUUAACGCUUGGAGAUUGGACUUUUCGAAGAGGCCAACGGACAGUUUGCAAGGAAGAAGUCGUACCCACCCGCUCUCCAGGCCGCUAGGCGGCGGUUAUGCCGUCUGCUGAACCGCCACUCGAACGCAAGAAGCGAGAAGAAGACGAGCACGGAUCCCGCUGGCGGACAUUUAGCUUUAGCAUCGGUUUGUUGUUGGUGUCGCUUGGCCGGCUCUACUUCACCAAAUUUCAAGUGCGCCGUGAGUUGCUUUCGGUCGGGUUGCCGUUCGCUCCCUCGCACGGCGAAACAUGUUCCGCGGUCGGCCGCCGCCGCGGGGCUUUUACCGGCCGCCUUUCGAGGCCCGCGGCCCGCACCCGUCGGCGGGCCACAGAGACGACAGGAUGCGGGGCAGAGCUCCUUACCACUCUGGGCACUACCACCGCGGACCCCCUGACUUCCGUCGUUCUCCGCCGCACCGCGGCGGCUACUAUCAUCCCGGCUCCGGAGGACCCCGAGGAGGCCACCACCACCACCACCGCCCCGCCGCCCCGCUCAGGGAGAGGUCUCCGUCGUCUCCUCGCCCUCGCUUCCCCAUCGACCACAAAGUCGUCAUCACUGUCGGCAACGAGCUGACGAGUUCCGCACCUCCGCGUCACGUCGACAGAGACCGAAGUCCGGUCCGGAGUCGCGGAUGCAGCGGGAGUCGGGCGAGGAGCAAGAGCCGCCACCGCAGCUGGGGUCGCAGUAGGUCCAGGUCCAGAUCUAGAUCCAGAUCAAGAUCCAGAUCUAGAUCUAGAGGGCGCAGUCGAGGGCGGGCAUCCAGCAGAGCGCCCAGCCGGGCCUGCAGUCGCAGCAGCUCCAGCGGCAGCGAGCGGACCUGCGACUCCAAAACGUUCAACGAGCUCAACGUGGCGCGACGGAGGAAGGAGCUGGAAGACUUGUUGUGUCUGCCCACCAAGUCCAUCCUGAAGAAACGCUCAGACUACGAAAAGUCUCCUUCAGUCAGGCAUUCCGACUCAGGCCUGUCUCACGUGGCCGAGGAGCUUCUACGGGCUGUCAAAGGGUUGGAGCCGGCCGCCGUGGCGUCCGUGUUGACCGAACUGCGGUCCGACGCGCAGAUGUCGCAGCGAGCAGUUCUCAACACAGAAAUCAAGGAAAUCCUAAACUUGCUGGACCCACCCAAGAGUCCGGCGGGCGACAUCGACGACGAGGAAAAGUUUCUCUACGGAGACUCCGAGGAACCCAAGACUCCGCUUUUAUCCCAGCCGCUCCAAAACAACACGUUUGAUCUCUAUGGGGAUGUAACGGAGGAGGUUCUGUAUGGAGAUCAAGUGCCCUACGCCGCUGCCCCUGCCCCUGUCCCUGCGGUGGUUGCGUCGCCUACUGCCGGCAAGGUCCACGCUGACUGGGCCCCCUCGGUUUCCACCUCUGUUCCCUGCAACGCGACACAGGCUUCGACUCCGGGACCCCCGGCGGAGGAAGAGAGCGAUCCGCAUGCACUGGAUGACUACCAGAAGCUCCAAAACCUGUUUAAGACUAUCGGCUUGGACCUAGGCGUGACUGAGAUCAGCAAAUUGGCUGCCAGGACCAAGGAGCGCCUGCACGGAAGUAAGCCUCCCAACGCCCCCAAGACGCCCAAGCGGCGCACGCGCUACUCUUCUGGCAGCUCGGACGACGGGUGCAGAAGGCACAGCGGCGGCAGCUCGGACGAUGACAAACGGCCCCGCGGCACCGGGCGGGGUCGCAGCUGGAAGGAUGGCGGACGAGCGGACAGCUGGAGCAAAGAUGGCAGCUGCGGAAGCAGCACUAGUCCCGGCGAGGCGCCGCCUCAAACGGCGGGGCCCGAGGCCGCUGGCCCUCCCUCGGCGGCACCCGUCCCGCCGCCACUGCCCGUCCAGUCCUCCUACCAGCCCCCGCCGCACACGCACGGCAUGAUGCCACCGAGCUACCCGGCGCCGGGCUACGGCCAGUACGGGAACUUCCUGCCGUACGCGCACUCGCAGUGGCCGCCCGUGUACCCCCCUCCUGGCAUGCCGCUGCCCCCGCAGACCCCUGGCGCGAACAACUUCCCGCUUUCUUUGCCCUUCAACCAACCUGACAGCCAGCCGCCUGCGGAGCCUCAGGUCAAAGGUACACUCAAAUCUUCUUGGCUCACUGGGACAAGACCGGUCUCCACUCAGGUGUCAGAGCAAGAGAACAACGAAAGCCAGAAGCAGAAGGUUCUGGAGGAACGUGAAAAUCUGAGGCAGGAGCGAGAGCAGCGCAUGAAGAAAAAGGAGUACCUCAUGAAAGAACUGGAGCGGCUCCGGAAACAACAAGGUGAGCUGCUGAGGAAGAAACGUCGCGAGAAAGACGGUCACAAAGACCCUCUCCUGCAGGAGAUAAGCCUGCUGCAAGAGGACGUCAUGAUGCAGAUUUCCAAUCUGCGGAAGGAGCAUGAGGCGGCCGAAAGGAAGCGCAGCGAGAUCGACAAGGUGGCGCUCAUCUUGGGGCUCGGACCCUCUGACCGUCCCCGCGUAACACCCCAAGUUCCGAAAGACUCUGUGGUGGCCAGGCCCCACAAAAGUAGAGCACCCACGGAGCAGAGUCCCGAGUGCCAAGAAGAUGGCGGCGGCGGCGGCGGCAGCAGCAGCAGCAGCAGCAGCAGUAGCAGUAGCAGCAGCAGCGUGCAGAUGAAGCAGAACAUCUCAGAACCGAAUCAGGCACCAGACAUUUCCCCAACUCUGCCACCUGAGCCGUUUGAGUAUUAUGAUGCCGGAAACCAUUGGUGCAAAAACUGUAACCUCACCUCGGGCUCCAUGUUUGAUUUCUUUACUCACUUGCACAGCAAAACCCACCGAAAGACUUUGGAUCCGUAUGAGCGUCCAUGGGCCUCAUUGCCAAGCAAAAUGGAGAAGAUGUCGCAGACAGAAGAAAAGCAGACGAAACCGGCUAAAGGUUCCGAGUUCUUACUUCCAGUGCGAGGAUUUUUCUGUCUACUGUGCGAAAAGUUAUUCGGAGACGCCAUCUGUGCAGAGGAGCACGUCACCACUCACUGUCACAAUGAGCACUACAAGAAAAAAAUGCACGAGAACCCGCUGUACGAGCGGAGGAGAAACCUGGACCGCCAAGCUGGGCUGGCCUCCAACCCCUCAGGAAAGAAACGCAAACACGAGGAAGACAGGGGUGACAAAAUGAAAGGAAAAAGGGAGAGAAAAGACGCCCCCUUGUUGAAAGCGGUAAAAGAGGAAGAGAAACCAAAAGUAUCAAAGAAAAAUGAAGAUAGAAAUACAAAUGCUUGUUACUCAAAGAAAGAGGACGACGAAAAGUUCAGAUACAAGAGUGACAAGUACCGUUGGUGCGCAGAGGAAGAGGAAAGGCUGAAUUGGAGGAGAGAUGAGGAAGAGCGACACAAACAAGGCCAGGAAGGACGCCAUUAUCGACACCACCGUCAGGAAGAGAAUCCAUAUGAGCGCCGGCCGAGACAUGACGACAGACACAAACUGGAAAAACACGAGUGUGAACGAGAAAACUCAGAGAAGGGCGCAGAUAAGGACAUACGAGGGGUCAGCAAGCAACUGGAAGGUGUGGUCAAGCCCUAUGACCCACCCAAAAUCUUUUGUGGACCAAGUCCAGCCAUGAGAGCCAAACUCCUCAAACAGAGCUCGGACACCGCAAAACUGUCACCGGCCUUCGGAAAGUUCACCUGGAAGAAACGGGAGAAUCAGCUGGCUAAAGACGCCCAGAAAGCUGCUGCUGAGUUCAUCAAGGAAGAUGAACAAGCUGCCAAAGAUGCAAAUCUCCUCAUAGAGGACUCCUUCGCAAAAUCCAUGGCCUUUGCCAAAGAGAUUGCUCAAAAAUUGUCUGCAACAAGCACCUCACCUACGCCGUGGAUGUCAAGUGGCACCAUCAAAUCACAGAUGCAGGCUAACUUUGCAGCACCUGCCGCAGCACUAAAGAAAGUGUACACUGUGAGAAAACCUGCACCUGCGAACACUGUCCCUUGCGUACCACCUGAGGGCUCAGGUACAAUGCUACCACCUUCAGGGGAUGGACCCAUGUUUCCUUCUCUCCAGAAACUACCGGAAACUAAGGAGAAUAUUCCAAACACAACAUCCUCUAAGUCAGAGGUUCAACGGUUGUCUGGUCCUGGCCCGUCAGUCCCCAGAACAGCCUCACAUGUGUCAAGUCCUACCCUUGCAGUUGUCAGACCAGCUCUAUCUGUGUCAACUCCUACCCUGGAAGUAGUUAGACCAGACCUAUCUGUGUUAAGUCCCACCGUGGCUGUUGUUAGACCAGCUCCACCAUUAUUCCAUUCUGCCCCUUCAGGCCCGAGAUCAUCUUUACCUGUGCCAAGCCCACCCUCGUCGGUUCGGAGAACAGCUCCACCUGUGUCUCCAUUGGCCUCGAGGCAUGCUACAACACCAUCCAGGGUCAUGGUCAACCCGGCUCCCGAAGUACCGCAACCCGUCCAGUCAGGUGUUGAAGCAGAAGUGGUAGACAUGGAGCCAGAUGUGGCGGCUCCUGGAGUUCCAGAGAGCGAGCAAACUCACACAGUGUUCGUUAAACCUCCGCCAAUUUUCAGCAUGGUGGAUGGAGGUCAGAGGUCUGAAAAACCAAAAAGUAACCUGGCUGCAGCUAAAGUCCAGGACUUAUUUGGUAUCCUGUACAGCUCUAAGGGAAAGCCAGGACCCUUAUCCUUGGCAAAGUCAACUCCAGCAGAGAAAAGUGAGACACUUAAAGGUCCGAGUCCACCCCAGCCUUCAGCCCAACUUUCAGACACAUCUCCACUGCCGGAUCCUCAACUAGCGCCAACCCCCCAACCCCAGCUCCAGUUAGAUCUUCAGAUUGAAUCAGUUUGGUCUUUGCAGAGCAGUCCUGAGCGAGCACCUGAGGGCACUCUGGUCAACAUUUCUGCUGAAAGUCAACAUGAAGAGCGUCCUGAAAGCACACCAGCACACUCAUCACAAACUCAGCAGGUCCAAACUUGUGAACUCCAACCACAUGAUGAAAGUCCUGUCAGGGGCCAUCCAGAACCACUCCAAGAAACUCCUCCACCAACACCAAUCGAGCCCAAAUCGACUCCUGGUCCCAGAACGCGAGGGAAAAACGCUCAAAAGAGAACACCCCCCGCGUCCCACGUCCCUGUCCGACAAACCCGAUCCCAAACCAGAUCCCAGAACAGGCAGCAUCUUAAAGACCAGUCCCCGGGAGCUGCUGACCGGAAUCUCCCGGCGUCCCCGGCAGAUGCUGACCGGAAGCUCUCGGCGUCUCCGGGAGAUGCUGACGGGAAGCUCUCAGACUUGCCAGAUGGCUGCUCUGGGAUUCCUCAAGGUGAUGGGAUAGCACAAUUAACAUCUGACAACCUCCACUCUUCUGGAUCCGUGACUGAUUUGGAUCUCGAGUAGAUGGAGAUGAGCUAGCCUCCUUUUUAUAAGGUCUUAAACCUUAGCAGUGUGUUAAUACACACUGGCUUUGUUGAACGUUUUUGUUCUAUGAUUCCAUGAAAGACUUGGAAAAGAAUUUCUUCUGUUGUACAGGGAUUGGUCCUGUAGCUACAGAAACUCAAAAGACAGUUCUUUGUCAUUCCAUGGUUCCAGAUCCACUCCCAUAUUUGUUCCCGGCUUAACGUCCCUUUGUCGUGCCGCUGGUAGCUGCGCUUAGACUAGAUUCGUCCUAGUGGUCUUCCUCCUUCCUUGGAGAACGUUGAAGGACGGACUGGUGCUGGCACACUUGGCCCAGUGAGUGUAUGGAAUGUGUUUCCCUUUGCUGGUCUUCAAGAUGUUUUAAUAAAAAUUACUUUGGGUCAGA